GUUUUAUUUUUUAUUUCUAAAAACAUUGACUUGUCAGAAAAGAAAUAAAGACGCAAAAACCUUCCUAAACUCUUUUCUCCAUUUUCUUAAUCCCCUCAACAAUUUCCUCCUCAGAUCAAUCAAAGAACACCAAAAAUCUUGUCUUUUUGUAUUUCUGUUAGUGGGUUUUUGUUUUUAUCCUAAAGGGUCAUGGUGAAUAAGGAGUGUAAUAAGAAAAAGAGGGGUUUUGGAACCAAACGGGUUUGGGUAGUGGUUCCUCUUAUUGCUGCUUUUGUUGCAAUUGCAAUGUCUCCCAAUACUUCUUCCAAAAUUUCUCUCUUUGGAGUUAUUAACAAAGCAUGUCAGUGUGCACUGGGUACACCGAAGUAUAGUGGUAUGGUGGAGGAUUGUUGUUGUGAUUAUGAAACUGUGGACAAUCUUAACAAGGAAGUAUUGUAUCCGUCUCUCCAAGAGCUUGUGAAAACCCCAUUCUUUCGGUAUUUUAAGGUCAAGCUAUGGUGCGACUGCCCUUUUUGGCCUGAUGAUGGUAUGUGCCGGUUGCGGGACUGUAGUGUAUGUGAAUGCUCGGAAAAUGAGUUCCCAGAAUCAUUUAAGAAUCCCGAUCGCCUUCCAUUGAAUGAUCCUGUUUGUCAAGAAGGAAAACCUGAGGCAGCUGUUGAUCGUACUUUGGAUAAUAAAGCUUUCAGAGGAUGGACAGAGAUAGACAAUCCAUGGACGAAUGAUGACGAGACUGACAACGAUGAGAUGACAUAUGUUAAUCUUCUACUGAAUCCUGAAAGAUAUACUGGUUACACUGGUCCAUCUGCAAGAAGGAUAUGGGAUGCUGUGUACUCUGAGAACUGCCCCAAAUAUCUGUCACAAGAAUCAUGCCAAGAGGAAAAGAUAUUAUAUAAAUUGAUAUCAGGUCUUCACUCCUCCAUAUCAGUACAUAUAGCUUCUGAUUACUUACUUGAUGAAGCUACAAAUAUGUGGGGCCAAAAUCUUACUCUGAUGUAUGAUCGAGUCCUACAAUACCCCGAUCGUGUCAGAAAUUUGUAUUUCACCUUUCUCUUUGUCCUGCGAGCAGUAACCAAAGCUGCAGAUUAUCUCGAGCAGGCUGAGUACAAUACGGGUAGCCAUAAUGAGGACCUUAAAACACAAUCCUUUAUCAAACAGUUACUUUACAAUUCAAAGCUUCAAGCUGCAUGUCCAGUGCCAUUUGAUGAAGCUAAGUUAUGGAGAGGCCAAAGUGGACCUGAGCUAAAACAAAAAAUUCAACAUCAAUUCAGAAACAUUAGUGCCUUGAUGGAUUGUGUAGGAUGUGAGAAGUGUCGAUUAUGGGGAAAGCUUCAGGUUCUUGGUCUUGGAACUGCAUUGAAGAUUCUCUUCUCUGAAAAUGGUCAAGAAAACUUGGUUCAAACACUGCAGCUACAAAGGAAUGAAGUAAUUGCAUUGAUGAAUCUUCUCAAUAGACUUUCAGAAUCUGUCAAAUUCGUUCAUGAAAUGGGACCUACCGCCGAAAGAAUCACGGAGGGACAUUUUUUUGGCCAUACAAAACUUAUUAGCUCUUUGAAACAAAUUUGGUCCAGUAUACUUAAAACAUAGAGGAAGCAAUUGUUGACAUAGAUUUUCAAUGACUCACAUUACUCCAAAGAUUAGGCUUAGAAAAACCAUGACCGUGGUUUGAAAUUUUCCAAGGAUGUGAAAGUAAUGUAUGUAAAAUGUACUGAAAAUAAAAUAAAUAAUAUUUGAAUACAGAGGAAAAAAGAUGAAAGUAAUAGAAAAUGUGUUAUUUGUGAUGAAAAAA